GCGUCGGUGUCCGCGGCGACCGUGGAGCGCGCCUCGAGCUGUCCGAAUGAUUCGGCGUUGGAGAGUUGCUAGGGGCCGGCCUCAGCCUCAAGUCCUCUGCAAUAAAUGGCUGUAAUUUGCAUGACGCUAACAAUGUAAGAUCAAGUAUUUGUGGGCAGUGCUCGUACAUCGUAGUUGAGACGAGGUCGAAACAAAAAGUUCAAAGUCCACUGGCAGAGUCAUUUAAGCUAAUAAUGGUUCUCCCUGCGCUAAAUAAGCCUCUGAAUAAGCCUGUCAACGGAGGGAUUGUGGCUAUGCACAUGCCGAGAUCUUAAAAAGCUUAACUUAUUCGCCAUGGCAGUCAGAAUGUAAAUUCACAGACCUGUAGACUUGCCCACGACAAUGGCAAGAACAGUGAAUCGAAAUCAGGAGGUGCAAGACCGCGACAAUCAAGAAGUCUCACUCCCUCGUAGACGAACCCGGGCCCGCGUCACCAAGGUACGGACCGGAUGUAAAACCUGCAAGGUACGCCACCUCAAGUGUGAUGAGGCAAAACCAAUCUGCCACCGAUGUCAAAAAGACCAGAUAAAAUGCGAUGGCUACGAUCAGUUUCGAGAAGGACAAGUCAUCUCUCAGAAGAGAACAACACCUCAUUUCAGCCACUCUAUCCCCUGUUUUCGUCUUUCAACACAUGGCAAUCCAUCACAUCUUGAAAACUUGUUUCUUCAUCAUGCAAUGCUCUACACAAUGCCAGAUCUCGCAGACUCAAUCCUGAACACGAGCUUCUGGAGUCAAUAUUUACCUCUAUAUGGUUUGCAAGUCGAGGGCAUACGCCAUGCUUUGAUUGCCCUAGGAGCCGCUCAUAAAGAUUUCCUAUUACGAGGAAGAAAGAUAGCGGGGGUCGCGCAAAGAGAUAACGAGCGAUUUAUUAUACUACACUAUAAUCUUGCCAUUCGCCACAUUCAGCCUCUCAUGUCUCAGCCAACGACAACCAACAUACAGGCGACACUCAUCUGCUGCCUCUUGUUUAUCUGCUUCGAAAACCUACGAGGACAAUACACCGAAGCUAUACAGCACCUGCGGGCUGGUGCACGCCUGCUCGCAUCAUUGAAAGGUUCCAACUCGAGUAUCUUUUUGCCGUCCGUGUCUGAAUCAGAUCCGACAGUAAGUCGUGCUCAGUAUGAAACUGCCACACAUGUUUCUUCUCAGGACAAUAUGGAUGCUCUCACCACUUUGUUUUCUUGCCUUGGUAUAGAUGUCUCAAUCUUUUUAGAAGACGAGGUUGUUCCGCUCGAGAAACUCUCACAAGUUAGCACCAGUGACUUUGCUGUCGAGACUGCUACGACCAACUCGUCUUUCACGUGCCUCUCCGCAGCCAGAAAAGAGCUCCACAGGAUCGAGAUCGCUCACGAUAUCUUCUUUGAGCAAUUAUGCCACGCCGACGGACACAAACCUUUACCAGCUGUAGCGGGGCAAGAAAAUUCAGAACUGGAUCGGACGCCACCUGAGUUCUCUGAAAAGGACAAAAAUACAUAUCGAGGGAUUUAUCGUAUGUUUUGGAAGUGGAGUCGACGCUUCGACACUUUCAUGGACCAUUAUCAGUUUGAGACUGCCUCGCCAAAAGAAACAGGCGAUGCUUUGAGAGUACGCCUACAACAGAAGACCUGGUGUGCGAUUCUGGACGAGACGCCUUGGCUUGAUAUGAUGGAAGCCAGCUUUGAACGUGGAUCUUUGGAGAGCAUGGUCGAUGACGCAGAGCUGAUCAUUCAGUCAAUGGGGUCCCUGUCGCGACCUUUUUUUACUUGUGAUGCGGAUAUCAUACCAUGUUUGGCGCUCGUCGGUUGUUUUACGGACGAUAGGGAUCUCCUGCACCGUGUUAUCACGGCACUGAGGCGACUCAACAGGAGGGAAGGUGUUUGGGACAGCCAAGACCUUGCCGAGAUCUUUGAAGCAGCCAUAACAGCACGCGAACAGCUCGGACUACCUAUCAAAGUUGACUUCGCCGGUGGGGUACUAUCGAUGGCGAAAAUGCUCUUGUCUCUGAACAUUCCGUGCAUUUCUGCCACAAACUCGAUUGUACCAUUGGCACAAAGUGUUAAAACGACACCGCUAGCAUCUUUUAUGGCGACAUAAAGAGCCAAAUUAAAUUGUAUGAGACUUUGAAUGACUUUCGCCAAGUCAUGCCUAGCAUUUUAAACUCAUUUAAUCAAGUAAGCUCGCUACCUAGAUGAUUCCAAUACACAAAUGACCG